CUCGGCUCAGCUAGUUCCUGGUCUGACUCUUAGGCCCUGCCUGGGCGACAGGACAGCGGGGGAGCUGCCGCGGGCGAGUAACUGCUCGCGGGGGAGCGGCGGGUGGGGGAAGGGAGCCGGAGAGAUGCUGCCCGGAGUGUAGCCGCAGCAGCAGCAGCGCCGCCGCCGCCACCAUCAUGAUCAUAGAGAACGUGGACGCGCUCAAAUCCUGGCUGGCCAAGUUGCUGGAGCCAAUUAUUUUUUUCCUUAGAUGUGAUGCCGAUCCAUCAGCCUUGGCUAACUAUGUUGUGGCAUUGGUCAAAAAAGAUAAACCAGAAAAAGAACUGAAGGCUUUCUGCGCUGAUCAGCUAGAUGUCUUUCUGCAAAAAGAAACGUCAGGCUUUGUUGAUAAACUCUUCGAGAGCCUAUACACCAAGGAUUACCUAGCUCCCAAUGAACCAGCAAAGCCAGAGUUGAAGCCUGUGGGUCAGGUCAAGGAAGAAAUCAAAGAGGAGCCAUUUCAGGAGACUUUUGAAGAUGAGCGAGAGGGCAAAAAGAAGAAAUAUGCUAGCCCACAGAAAAAUCGUUCAGAUUCUAAUGAGCAAAGAACUAGAGAGAGAAAAAGAGAUGAUGGCAAAUGGAGAGAUUAUGAUAGAUACUAUGAACGGAAUGAUUUGUAUAGAGACAAAUACGAUUGGCGAAGGGGAAGAAGUAAGAGUCGCAGUAAAAGUAGAGGACUUAGUCGAAGUCGUAGCCGCAGCAGAGGUAGAAGCAAAGACCAGGAGGCAAACAAAGAAAGGGAUGCAAACAGAAAUGUUGAUCACAGAGAUCGAGCCAAAUUCAAAUGUGAAAGGAGUGAUAUGGAGAGCUCAUAUAACCCAGUGGCUUUGUCUUCCGUUAACUCUACUGAACAGUAUUCCUCUGGAGCACAGUGUAUUCCCAGUGCUGUUACUGUGAUUGCACCUGCUCACCAUCCCGAAAACACAACAGAAAGCUGGUCGAAUUACUACAACAAUCAUUCUGCUCCUAAUUCGUUUGGCAGAAAUGCUCCACCAAAAAGACGCUGUCGAGAUUACGAUGAGAGAGGAUUUUGUGUACUUGGUGACCUCUGUCAAUAUGAUCACGGAAAUGACCCGUUGGUCGUGGAUGAGGUAUCGUUGCCAAGCAUGAUUCCAUUUCCUCCACCACCCCCAGGACUUCCUCCUCCUGGAAUGCUUAUGCCUCCUGCGCAAGGCCCAACUCACAACAUGAGAAUGCCAGGGCCACAUGUACAUCCUCGGCCACCGCCACCUGUUAGAAUUCCUAUACCAAAAUGUUUAUGUUUCAUUCCAGGGCCACCUUUAUCACAGGCAAGUUUGAUCAACAGCCGUGACCAGCCAGGAACAACUACAGUGCCCAGCCUUGCACCAGUGGGAGCUAGACUACCUCCUCCACUACCCCAAAACCUUCUAUAUUCAGUAUCAGAACAUACGUAUGAACCAGAUGGCUACAAUCCAGAGGCUCCUAGUAUUACCAGUACUGGAAGAUCUCAGUAUCGACAGUUCUUUUCAAGGACACCAAUGCAGCGUCCAAAUCUUAUUGGCCUAACAUCUGGUGAGAUGGAUACAAAUCCAAGAGGUGCUAAUAUUAUAAUCCAGACUGAACCUCCAGUUGGCAUUGCAAGUAACAGCAGUAAUGUAUCUAGAGUGGUGCUUGAGCCAGACAACAGGAAGCGGGUUUCAAACACUAUAGAAGGGCCAUCUCCAAAGAAACCCUGGAUUGGAAAACAAACUAAUAACCAGAAUAAGCCAGGAUUCCUGAAGAAGAACCAGUAUACAAACACCAAAUUGGAAGUUCGUAAAAUACCACCAGAGCUAAACAAUAUUACUCAACUUAAUGAACAUUUCAGCAAAUUUGGAACAAUUGUCAACAUUCAGGUUGCCUUCAAGAGUGAUCCUGAAGCUGCUCUAAUUCAGUACUUAACAAAUGACGAAGCAAGAAAAGCUAUUUCUAGCACAGAGGCAGUGUUGAACAAUCGGUUUAUACGAGUGCUAUGGCACCGGGAAAACAAUGAGCAGCAGCCAUUGCCACUAUCCCAGCAGCAGCAGCAGCAGGCACCACCACCUCUUCAUCACCCGCUUCACCUGCAGCAACAAAUGCUGUCACAGCCUCCAGCUGUAACAAUGCACAGCAGUAUGGCAAAGGUAACAAAGCCACUGACAUCAGGUGCUUACGUCAUCAACAAGACCCCAGUUAAACAUCGUCUUGGAGCACCUGGUGGAAAUCAGCCAGAUGCUCAGCAUUUAUUGCUUAACCAGUCUAGUGCUUCUGCCGAAGAUGCUCAGAUGUUUCCCACUUCAAUUAGCCAUUCAAAGAUGGUUUACAGUUCCCCCAAUCUGAAGACAUCUAUAAAGCCUGGUACAGGAAAUAAAUCUCAUGAUGUCCAAGAAGUUUUUAAAAAGAAACAGGAGGCAAUGAAGCUGCAACAAGACAUGAGGAAGAAAAAGCAAGAAAUGUUAGAGAAACAAAUAGAAUGUCAGAAGAUGUUAAUAUCAAAAUUGGAAAAGAAUAAGGCCACAAAACCAGAGGAAAGGGCAGAUAUAAUGAAGACACUGAAAGAGCUAACAGGAAAAAUCUCUCAGUUGAAAGAUGAGUUAAAAACUUCAUCUGCCAGUUCUACAGCAUCAAAACAGAAGUCAAAAACAGAGGCACAGAAGGAACUUUUGGAUGCAGAGCUAGACUUUCAUAAAAGGCUGUCUUCAGGGGAAGAUACAACAGAAUUAAGGAAAAAGCUCACCCAGUUACAGGUGGAGGCUGCCCGUUUAGGUAUCUUGCCCGCUGGUCGUGGAAAAUCGAUGCCUUCUCAAAGCAGAGGAAGAGGACGAGGUCGGGGAGGGAGAGGGAGAGGUACAGUGAAUCAUAUGGUGGUAGACCACCGUCCCAAAGCAAUAACGAUUGGUGGCUUUGUGGAAGAAGAGAAAGAUGAGUUGCUGCAGCACUUUUCGAAAUUUGGAGAUAUUGAAGGCCUUCAAGAGGAGGAUUCUCCUUUAAGUGUUGUUCUGACAUUUAAAUCCCGCUCUGAAGCUGAAAAUGCGGCCAACCAAGGAUUAAAGUUCAAAGACCGACGACUACAGAUAUCAUGGCAUAAACCCAAGGUACCCUCUGUGUCCACAGAAACGGAGGAGGAGGAACCCAAGGAAGAGGAGACAGAAGCUUCAGACUUAUUUUUGCCUGAAGAUGAUGAUGAUGAAGACGAAGAUGAAGACGAAUCUCGUUCCUGGAGAAGAUGAAACUUGACAUGGAAUCAAUAGUUUUAGAAUUGUUGAACUAAAACUUUUAAAAAAAUAUUUAAAGGAAGUCAAUGAGCCAAAAAUUGUUUUUGUUUUUUGUUUUUAUUUUCAUACACACAAGAAAGCAAGUGUGAGUUUGAGAUAUUAAACUUAGCAAAUAAGUAGCCACGAUCAGCCAAAGGCUAAGUAAGCAUUGCAAAGGUGCUUGUGAUCCUCUGAAGAUGGAAUGUAUCAACUUUUCAAGCCCAACUUGUGUCUAUUUUGUUUUUAAAAUAUGGACCUUUUUCAAGCUA